AUGGCUCUUGGGCGAAACUUGUUCCCAAUAUUUAUCGUCAGAUCUCUUCUAAUUCUAACUCUGAGUUUGGUGAGUGUCGCACAAGUUUUAGAAAACUGCGACAACGGUUAUGGAAACUACACAAAGGGUAGUCGAUACGAAGCGAACCUCAAUAAUCUCCUAUCCUCUCUCCACUCCCACAUCGACCCAUUUGGAUUCGCCAAUUCCACCUCCUCCUCAGGCGAAGGAGAUUCCUCCGACGACGACCCGGCAUACGCACUUUUCCUCUGCCGGGGAGACAUCGAUCACGACUCCUGCACAAAAUGCGUUAACGACACUGUUUCUAAGCUAACCACAACCUGCCCCGGUUACAAGCAGGCCUCGGGUACUUAUGACGGUUGCAUGCUGCGCUACUCCAACCGCUCCUUAACCGGUUCUGUUGCAGCCAACAUAUUUCUAUACAUGAAGUACCCUGUCAACGCCACAAACGUCGCCCAGUUCAACCAAGAAUUGGGAGCGUUGAUGACAGAUCUAAGGACUAAGGCGUCAAAGGGUGGCUCAAGUCUCAAAUUCGCAGCUGCCAAUAAGACGAUAUCAGACUUUCAGACCCUUUACGGUCUGGUGCAGUGCACGCCGGAUUUGACUGAGCAGCAAUGUAAUAACUGCUUGCUCGACAGAAUUGCUCAGAUUCCCGAUUGCUGUGCCGGAAAUACCAUGGGUGGUGUGUUUGCCUGGAGUUGUUAUAUGCAGUUCCAGACCUCUCCAUUUUAUAAUGAGACCAGGGUACUUGAGCGUUUAUCUCCACCACCGCCUUCACCUGGAGGACAGGGAUCCCCACCUCCGAUACCCUCACCGCCGCCUCAUCUCCCUGAACCAGCUGGAAACAAUAAUACUAAUCAGUCCACGCUGAGAAGAAUUGUUGCUAUUUCUAUUUCAACCGUUGUGGGAUUCAUCUUCAUCAUUUUUCUCUGCUUCAUCGUGAUCAUCAAGAAGAAGAUGGCUGUCAUGUCACCAGAUCAGAAGCCUGACUCAUCUAUGAACGAUGAUACGAGUUCAACUGAAACCAUGCAAUAUGAAUUCAAAACAAUUCAAGAAGCUACCGAUGAUUUCUCCGAUGCCAAUAGGCUCGGACAUGGUGGUUUUGGUGUUGUUUACAAGGGUAGGCUUUCCAAUGGCAAAGAAAUAGCUGUAAAAAGGCUUGCCGAGGGAUCCGAACAAGGAAAAACAGAAUUUAAGAAUGAGAUUGUGUUAAUGAGUAGGCUAAAUCAUCGCAAUCUCACUAAACUUCUCGGCUUUUGCUUGCAAGGAAAGGAACGCCUCAUCGUCUACGAAUUCCUACCUAAUAGGAGCCUUGAUCAUUUUAUUUUCCAUCCGGUGAGGCGAAUGCUGCUAAACUGGGAAACGCGAUACAAUAUUAUAGUUGGUGUUGCUCGAGGACUUGUCUAUCUUCACGAAGGUUCGAGUAUUACGAUUAUUCAUCACGACUUAAAAGCCAGUAAUGUACUGUUAGACGAGAAGAUGAAUCCGCGUAUAUCAGAUUUUGGCAUGGCAAGAUUGUUUACAGUGGAUAAAAGUCUAGAAAUUACAAAGAAGAUUGCGGGUACAUAG